CUGAAAGAAGUUACGAUUGACGUCUUAGUACGUAAGGAAGACCAGGCGGAGAAGCUUCGAGAGGCCUACGGGGACCGAAUUGGAACAGCUUUUUGGAAAGGCCUCACGGACCAGGAUUUCAUUAUCAAUACAGCAGCGAAUUAUGAUAUUGUUAUCAAUGCGGGAUCUGGUUUCUUCCCUGGCGGUGCCGCGGCCUUUGUCGAGGGCCUCGCUCGCCGUGUUAAGAAUGGUGAGCGAGCGCCAUGGAUGAUACACAUUGCCGGCUGUACCAACUUGUCAGACUUGCCCAUCACGGGCAAAGCUUAUCCAGACAGAGAAUGGGAUGACGCGGAUGGCAAUGCAAUCUACGAGUUUCUCAAAUCGGAGGACGAGAGGAGCCCGUAUCUACAACGCACGGCCGAGGUAGCUGUCCUUUCUCGGGCUGAGGAGACGGGCGUCCAGGCUGUUAGCUUAAACACACCUGGAAUCUACGGCCUCGGAACAGGGCUUUUCAAUCAGGCCGGCCUCGUCAUUCCGUCUGCGGCGCGAUACGUUAUCACCCGAGGUUAUGGACACACAGUCCUUGAUACAACCAGUUUUGACCUGGUGCAUGUGGAGGAUCUGGCCGAUCUUUACAUUCUUCUUGUACGGGCGAUACUGGAAAGGGAGGACAGAGGUGUCGAUUUCAUUCCGUCGGGCAAGAACGGUAUCAUAUUUCCGGCCGUGCUUCGGGCUUCCAGUAUAGAGAUCAUGCAGCUGGCCUUGGAUGCGGCCUUCGAGGAGGGGGUGUUGCCCAGGGAAGAUACACCAAAGGAGAAGGAGAUAAGGCGCAUCACUUUGAAGCAGAUGGCAGAUGAAGUCACUUUUGGAAUGCAGGAGGUGGCUGAGCGGCUGGUAGGCCAUAAGGCGCAGAAGGGGACCGUGGCUAAGACGCUUCUCGGUUGGGAGCCAAAGAGGCUUGACGAGGCCUGGAAACAAGACUUCAAAGAGGAACUGUUGGCAUUCAAAGCCGGAAAAAGAGGGAAUAUAGGUGAUGGGGCUAUUGGAUUAAAUUAG